ACCAGAUAUUCGAGGAGAAGGAAAGGAGAUCGAGACGAAGCCGGAGGAGGAGGCGGAGGAGGGGAAGGGCGCACCCACCCACUGAGCCGCACAGCCUCCUUUCCCUCCCCUCCUCCGCCCGCCCGCCCCCAAACCUCCAGACCCACAGCCAUGGAGAAGAAGGAGGACGUGGGAACAGGGCCUGCCCUGAAGCAAGAGCCGGCUGGCCAGCGGGCCGUGAAUGGAGCUCUCCCGGAAGUGAGGGCGCUCUCCCUCGACGAACGGACCGGCCACUUGCCGGCCACGAUGCCCCUCGAGAGGGAGCCAGGCCAGUGCCAGAGGGACCGGUCUGCCUCGGCGCGCCCUGCGACGGCCGCCCCUUCUCCGCCACCCACAGCUGCUCCUACGGGGUCACCCCUGCCCCCUCAAAACGGCCACCCAGCCGCCGACACGGCCACGGCGCCCCCCGCUGACGUGAAACCUUCCACUCCGACCGGCCAGGCUCGCCCGUCGCCUGCGGCCACCCUUCGCGCCACAGAGACCUUGUCCCUGAAGAGUGACCGCCCGCCGCCGGUCGGAGCCCCAACAAUGCCUCCCGGCGAAGACGCAUGCCCGCAGGAAAGCGGGCGAUCGCCGGCCAAGAACGAACAGCCGUCCCCAGCCAGUCCCCGAACCAAACAAGACACCCAGAAAGCACAAGCCAGGCACAAAUUGGCCCGAGAACGGCGGGAAGAACGAGCCAAGCAUCUAGCUGCCAAGCGGGCCGUGUGGCUGGAGAAAGAGGAGAAGGCGAGGGUGUUGCGUGAAAAGCAGCUGGAGGAACGGCGGCGGCGACUUGAGGAGCAGCGCGUUCGGGCGGAGAAACGCCGAGCGGCCCUGGAGGAGCGCCAGCGGCAGAAGCUCGAGAAAAAUAAGGAGCGCUACGAAGCUGCCAUCCAGCGCUCGGCCAAGAAAACCUGGGCUGAGAUCCGGCAGCAGCGAUGGUCGUGGGCCGGCGCCCUGCACCAGGGGUCCCCCGUUCACAAGGACGGUGCAAGCAGGUGCUCUCUCUCUGCCGUAAAUCUCCCCAAACACGUGGACUCUAUAAUCAACAAGCGCCUCUCCAAAUCUUCGGCCACUCUCUGGAACUCACCCAGUAGAAGUAAGCGACUCCUGGGGAUGCCCAGCAGCGCGAGGGGAGACCGCAGUCUACAGCUCAGCCCUUGGGAGAGCAGCAUCGUGGACCGGCUCAUGACGCCAACGCUCUCUUUUCUGGCCCGCAGCCGGAGUGCCGUGACGCUUGCCGGGAACGGAAAGGAUCAAGUGGUCCCGGUGUGUCCCCGCUCAGCCUCCGCCAGCCCCCUUAGUCCCUGUAACAACCACCGGAUGCAUCACCGCUGCUCAGAGCGACGGCGGCCGGCCACCAGCAGCCCGGACGUGACCCCUCGGCGCCGGGUCGAGGCCUCCCCGAAAAAGAAAGAGAAGAAAGACAAAGAUCGGGAAAACGCUCAAGAGAAAAGCGCCCUCGCUCUGCGCAAACGCCAGUCUAUGCCUUCCAAUCAGGCUCGUCAGCGACACACGCCUGAGAGCAGCCCAGGACCCAAGCCCAGGCCUGCAUCCCCUGCAGUGGCCAAGCAACGUCCCGCCUCGCCGAGCCCGGGCCCUGGGUCUCCUCAUCGGCCGGGCCUCAACCGCAGUGCCCAGUCCUCGCCCAAGGCCCGCCCUCGCAGGGAGCACGACGGCCAGCCCAAAGGCCGCGAACGCAAGGACGAGCAGAAGGAACGAGGGGCAGCCUCUCCGGCCCCCAACGAGACCCCGAAGCUCUCCGGGAGCAGUGAAACGGCACCAGAUGUCAGCCGACCUGCUGGCGCUGCAAGUCCAGUGCCUGCUCCUCCGACAACCCCCAGCAAACCCAUGGCCGGCACCACAGACCGGGAGGAAGCUGCCCGUCUCCUGACUGAGAAACGGCGCCAGGCAAGGGAGCAGAGGGAGCGCGAGGAGCAAGAGCGUAGGGAGCAAGAGGAGCAAGCGCGGCGCCUGGCAGAGGAGCGGGCUCAGCAAGAAGCCAAAGACCGCCUGCAGCAACAAGCCGAGCUGGCCCGGUUAGAGGAAGAACGGCGGCAGGAACAAGAGGAGCGGGCCCGGCAGGAAGAGCGUGAGGCCCAGGAUCAGGCCCGGGCUGAACGGGAGGAGCAGGAGCGACUCCAGAAGCAGAGAGAAGAAGCCGAGGCUCGGGCCCGCGAGGAGGCGGAACGCCAGCGAGUGGAGCGUGAAAAGCACUUCCAGAGAGAAGAGCAGGAGCGGCUGGAGAGGAAAAAGCGGCUGGAGGAGAUCAUGAAGAGGACACGGAAAGCAGACGGAGCUGACGCCAAGAAAAAAAAUGACAAGAAGCUUGUGAACGGGAAGGAGGAAAAGCCAGAGGUGGAAACAGGGGCAGGUGGUGAGAAACGCCCCGGAAGCCUUCCUAAAGAAGAGGAACUGCCUGAGAUGCAGGCAUCGAGUCCAGCCGGACGCAAAGGAGCUCUUCCUGAAGGUCUGCAGCACAGCUCUCCAGUGCCCUCCACCCUGACCCUCGUGAAUGGCCUGCAGCCCAGCAAACAUGAAAAUGGCUUCUCUUCCCCCAAGGAGGCCAGCGGGCGGGAGCACUCGGCCGGCCCGGGGCUGAGCAUGGCAGGGGAGGCCAUCCUGCCCUUUGCUAACAAGGAACCCUUCCUCACCAAGGCCGUGGCGAAGGCCCCACAGAUCACAGAGGUUCUGUAAGCAGUGAUGCCACUUUUCUCCUUCCCCGAAAGGGCGGGUGCAACGACGUGCCAACUCCGGGCCAUCUCUGAUCAAAAGGAUGAUGCCUCCCCACCGCCAUGACCACCACCCUUGCGAGGAUCGGGGGCGUGCCAGGAGCGAGGCUUGGGGGUGGGGGGUGGCUCAGUCCCACGGCCUAUCUCUUUCUUCUACGGCUCUCAUGUUAUGGUUCUGAUUCUGAUUAAUUUUUUUAAUAUGCACCUUAUCAGACGGAACCCUUAGCUCAUCCCACGAGGCUCUAUAAUCACAUAGUUAUUUAACAGGCUGGGUACAGAGGGUGUGGAUAAUGUACAUAAACGUCAGUGUUAGCACGGGAUUGCACACGUAAUCACCGUUGUGGUUUUGCCCCCCUCGCCACCCCCCCAAUUCACGUGUGUUCAUGGGAGACGCCUUUCGGUUUCGUUUUUUAAAAAAAUUUCAGAUGUCAGCUAGGUCAGGGCAGGGGGAGACUGUAUUAUUCCCUACACAUGGUUGGGUUCUGGGUGCGAGUGUGUGUGCGAGUGUCUGAUACAGCCAAUGGGGGGGGAAAAGUCUAGAUCUCUUAAUUUAAAUUCUCACCCUGGGUCUCAGCCAAGAUGCCUGCAAGAAGGGGUGUGUGUGAGAGAGAGUGUGUGCGAGUGAGUGAGCCUGUUGCACACACAGGGUUAGCCACUCAACAACUGCCGGUCUCCGAACACUGUGCUCUUUUUUUUGAGUGCUAUUGUUUCUGCUUGUGUGUGUGUGUAUGUGUGUGUGCAGGUGUGUUAUAAUGGCUGGGACCAGGUUGCGCUCCGUGUCAUUUGUUACAGUAUUACGCAUCUGAACAACGUUUUGUGGACAAUAAAGUGGAGAAACGACA